AUGCCACCUACGCGGAGUCUCCCCCUCCCCGAGGGCUGGACGGAUCCGGACGCCUACGUCGAAGCCUUGCUAUCGUUUGCUACCUCGUCUGACCUGUUUAGGCACCUCUGCGGGGGUGUGCACAUGCUGGACUUUCUGACGCGCGAGCCCGAUCUCUAUACCACGCUUCUGCCCGAAGACUGGAGACAAUUUUUCGAACACCACAGCAUCGCGCACAUCAUCGACUUACUCCUCAGAGACGACAUCGAACCGCUGUUAGCGGCCUAUACACAGGGAAACGUUGCAGCGCAGGAGUGGAGAGGCGUGGCGGUUCUGCCCCCGCUGACUUUGCUAGAGUUCAUCCGCCAAAUCCGCCGACUCACUCUGCGCCGAGACUUUACGCCUCAUGACUCGAGCAAGGCCACCAUACCACCGCGGAUUGCGGUUGGGAUGAAAGUGAAGAAAUAUCACGAGGUCGCUCAUUUCUCGAAAUACGUCCACUCGCUAUGCAAUACCGUACACCAGGAGCGGGGAGAGGAAAUAACGCAUAUCGUGGACUUUGGUUCUGGGCAGAACUACCUUGGGCGGACGCUGGCUAGUCCUCCGUAUAACAGAAACAUUGUUGCGAUCGAACGGAAACACCAGUUCAUCAACGGGGCCAACCGUAUGGAUGUCUACGCGAACAUGGUUGAGAAGAAGAAGGUGCGGAUGUACAAUAAGAAGCUGGAAAAAUGCAAAGUCUGCGAGGAUACAGAGUCCGCAGUGGACAGAACGGACUCGCUACAGGAGCCGACGAGCGUUGACGCAGAUAAGGAAGAGGUUGAAGACGACGAGGAGGGUGUUGCGGAGAUCAGUAUCUUCCGGGACAUCAGUGUGACUCCUGAUGAGCUGGGCACUUUUCCUAAAAACGGUGGCCCUACUCAGAAACACGUCACAAAAAGCGACAACCAAACCCCACGAGGUGCGAUGGACUACAUUGAACAUGAGAUCAAGGACGGCUACCUGGAGCCGAUCAUCAAAGAUGUCGUCGCACCGGCUAGCCAAAGCCCGGAAACUAAAAAUGGCUUAGAGCAAGCCGAGCAGGCCUCGGAUGCGAAUGUCAUGGUGGUCUCGCUGCACUCGUGCGGAAACCUCGUCCACCACGGUGUUCGAGCGUUGGUCCUGAACCCGUCGGUCAAGGCGAUUGCAAUGAUUGGGUGUUGCUACAACCUAAUGACUGAACGGCUUGGGCCUGCCACUUAUAAAAUUCCUGUCCUGCGAACCAUGCACCCACGUUUAUCGAAAGACGCUGCCGCGUACGACCCUCAUGGCUUUCCUAUGUCAAAACGCCUGGAGGAAUUUGAGCACGACGGCGGGACUGGCGUGAAGCUAAACAUCACCGCCAGGUCAAUGGCCGUCCAAGCCCCCUACAACUGGGGUACAGACGACGCAGAAGACUUCUUUACCCGCCACUACUACCGCACACUCCUCCAGCGAGUGCUGGUGGACAAGGGAGUCGUGCCGAAACCUUCCAUACCCAAGGAUCUCUACGGCACCGAGCCUGAGAAACCGGAAGACGUGGGAAACCCUGUUAUUGUUGGAUCCCUGCGCAAGGCAGCCUUCACUUCCUUCCAAGCGUAUUUCCGCGCGGCAGUCGUAAAGCUGAGUCGCGACCCGGUCUACGGACAAAAGGUGAAAGACGAUAUGGUUGACAUUACCGACGAAGAGCUGGAUCGAUAUGCCACCGAGUACUGGCCCACGAAGAAGAGGCUGAGCGUGACCUGGACUCUGAUGUCGUUCUGCGCCUCCGUGGCCGAAGCCAUUAUCGCCGUCGAUCGAUGGCAAUAUCUUCGUGAACAGGACUGCGUAAAGGAGUGUUGGGUGGAGCCUGUGUUUGACUAUGGCUUGAGUCCCAGGAACCUAGCUGUCAUUGGAAUCAAGAAAUGA